AUGGAGCGAGCCUUAAAGGCUCUCACCAAGCAGCCUGGGGGCAGCUUUGACUCCUUUAAUACUCUUCCUUCCGGCGGCGACAGUUCUGACUUCGUAGCCAAGCUCGUCCUACAUGCUCACUACCAGGUGUACUCUAACUUCUUCGUUGGCGAAGCCAGAGCCACAAGCAUCCUUCCGUACACAAAGUAUGCAUUACAUCAUGAAGCUGCCUACUGGGGCGCAGCAUGGUUUUCCUGCACGAGUCGAAGAUGGCUGGAAGGCAGAUCAAUGCGACAUACUCCACAAGAGAUGUUCUUCUAUAGCAAGUGCCUUGAAUCGCUGCGGCAUGCGUUGUCGGACCCGGUUACUGCAACCCACGAAAGCACGAUCUCCGCCAUUUUGCAUCUUUCAUUCCCGCCAUAUCUACCCUACAUUGACAGGAGCGUCCCUACCCCAAGACAAUCGAACUUCAAGACUUGGAAUCUACUGCAUCUAGCAACCGGCCUCAAUGUGGCAGAGGAGCACAUGAUUGGCCUUUCGGCUGUUGUCAAGAUGCUAGGUGGUGUCCAUAACAUUCGGAGCGCUCAAAUUCGGCGCUCAGUCUGCUUCCUCUAUCCUGUGGAAGAACUGGUCCAAGGAUCUCAGCUGAUUCACGUAUGGCCCGCUCUCGAGCCCAUGCAACAACCAACAGGUCUGGGUCGUGGUAUCGGUUUCCAAUACAUCUCCUUCCCCGAAACUCCCAGACACACGCCACAGCCCGCGGUGGUGUGGGCCUAUUUGGCCGACAUGACUACAAUAUUAGAAGACUACGCUUCGGGGGGCUCGAGGCUGAAUCAGUCGUCACUGAUACUCGAUCAAAUGCAGUACACGCAACACUCCCUACUAUCCCUCUUUCCGGCCGCAGACCUCAAGCCUGAACCGACAAAAGAGGAGGAAGACGAUGACGAAGAAAGCAACACUGGGCAUGUAAGCCGGCACCGAUUACAAUAUCAGCUGUACGAAGUAACACGCUUGGCAUGCAUAUGUUAUGCCAACUUUGUCACAUACCCAACCGAUUACUCAACAUUUCCCCGCCACCGGCUCAUAAAGAUCUUGCUAAAGGAGCUUGAGAAUUUGCACGCUGCUAACAUGAUGCCACAGUACGAUAUGCAUGAGGUACGACUCGUUUUCUGGGCUACGGUGAUGGGCGCCAUUAUGGCGGUUGGGUUGGAACCCGAGAGGACGGCAUUUGUGGCUCUGGUCGGUCGCGCUGCUGUGGACGCAAAGGCCACAAGCUGGAUUGAGGCCAAGCAAAUCAUGGAGUCGUUCCUGUGGCAUUCCCCGACCAAUGAUGCCGAUGCAUUAAAGCUGUGGAUUGAGGUCCAACAACUGGGAAGAGGAAGAACCAUGUCCGAACGGCUAUCCAGCAACAACGAUAAUAACAGGGGCUCGGGGUCGCAGGCAUAG